AUGCUUUCCCGAGCGAUUCUCCGAACAUCCGUUCGAGCCACUCCUCGACUAGCUGUCCCAUCCGUCCGGGCCAAGUCCGAGAUGAGCGUGAUGCAGUGGCUGCAGAUGGAGCCCAAGCUCGAACAGGUCAUCUUCGUUCUCAUGGGAGGCCUUGCUUUCAUCGUUGUCGCCCAGCUUUUCGGUGCUUCUCCACCAACUGCUCUUCCUGCUGGUGCUCCUACUUACCCCUGGGAAAACCCACCAGCCGUAGCAGACUCCCCCUUCGGCGCCCACCCCGUCGAGAAGAUCGUCAUGGAAGAGCUCGGUCUCUCUAGCUACGAAGAAGCGAAGCCCUACCUCAAGGCCUGGUGGGCCGAGCAGCUCGCUGAAAUGUCCGAGGACGAAAUCAAGGCGCUCAAGACUAAGUACCGACUCUGGCAAUAA